AUGCAAGAAAAGAAGCUCGUGUCUGAGAACGUGGGUCCGAAGCUUCGGCGAGAGGCAGCCCCGCUCCCCUCCCUGGCCCGGGUGGGUAACACCAUCUUCAGUGCAGUCCAGCAGCAGGACUACUCCGCCACCAUUUGGUUGCGGAGGAGAGACCACCUAGAGCGGUGGCAGCAGAAAUGCAUUGCCGUGUUUGCUUUGGUGUGCUGCUUUGCCGUCCUCAUGGCGUUGAUCUUCUCUGCUGUGGAUCUGUGGGGUGAGGACGAGGAUGGAAUUACUGAGGAAAAUUGCAGCAAAAACUGCCGUAUUGUCUUGGUAGAGAACAUCCCAGAUGACCUGUCGUUUCCCCAUAAUGGUCUGGCCCAUCUCCCCCUCUUCUCGGGGCUGAACGGUCUGUUGGACCAGGCCAAGCAUUCAGUGGAGAUAGUGUCCUCACACUGGGCCUUAACUUCCGAGGACCACAGGUCAUGGCCUCCCUCUGCAAAUCAGGGCCAAUUUUUAUUUCAGAGGUUACUCGGUCUGAAGUCUCGGGGGGUCAAACUAAAGGUGGUCAGCGAUCAUGUCGGCUCCGUUGAGCUGAAAAGCUUGUCAGAACGCAAUGCUGAGGUGCGCUAUAUCAACAUGACUGCCCUGACUAAAGGAAGGCUCCGCUCUUCCUUUUGGGUUGUGGACAGGAAACAUAUUUACAUUGGCAGUGCUAGUAUGGACUGGAAGUCCCUGUCCAAGAUGAAGGAACUAGGAGUGAUUGUUUACAACUGCAGUUGUAUAGCGCUGGACCUGCACAGAAUCUUCUCCUUCUACUGGCAGUUGGAGUAUAAGGACUACAUCCCCUCCAUCUGGUCUAAGAGAGUGACAGCCCUGUUCAGCAGAGCCAGUCCCCUCGCUCUUUGCCUGAACCACACGGAUGCCUCGGCCUACGUCGCUAGCUCCCCAGACCUCUUUUGUCCCAAAGAUCGCACAAGAGAUAUCGAUGCCAUACACCAUGUGAUUCGACUAGCUAAGAAAUUCAUCUACAUUUCCAUCACGGAUUACCUGCCUUUGGUAAACAGAACUUUCCGGGGAUCGAUGGUUACGAGGUAUUGGUCAGCUAUUGAUGAGAUGUUGCGUGAGGCCGUUGUUCUCAGAGGAGUCAAAGUGUGUGUGUUAAUCAGUCUGUGGGAACACACACACCCACUCACCUUUAACUUUAUGACUUCUCUGCAGUCUCUGUGUCUGCAGCUGGUUAACUGUUCUGUAGAGGUGAAGUUUUUCAUUGGCAAAGAGCAGCUGGAUGGCUCUCUGCAAAGAGUCAGUCAUAAUAAGUUUAUGGUGACAGACAACGCUUUGUACAUAGGGAAUCUAGACUGGGUUGGAGAUGAGUUUGCCUACAAUGCCGGAACCAGCCUUGUCAUAAAGUCGUCAGAAAGCCAUCGGGAUGGGGAGUCUUCCAUUGUGGAGCAGGUGACUGCUGCAUUUGAGAGAGACUGGUUUUCACCUUAUGCAAAACUCCUACAGAUGAAAAGCAGGGUUCUGACUGGCAGCGACCAAAAGAGGUUGUACAUGACUGCGGUCAACAACCAAUCGGGCAACAAAGAAAACGAAUGA